UUCCGUACAAACUAAAACCUUACAAAUUUCACCCACAAACAGAAACAAAUUGCUAUUAAAAAUAAUGAUAAUAAUAAAAGAAUAUGAACACGUUAAAUUCACAACAAAAGUCUGUAAAUUAUAUUUUAUAAAGCAUUUCUUGAAUAUUUCAUGGAUGUCCUGUGCUCUACAUGAAGUGGGGCACUGACCCACAUUUUUCCACAGGAGCUGCGAAAUCAAAACAAAGAAAUAAAGAAAUAAAAUAAGCGCGUUUCCAGGURGCAGAAGGUGACAGGACUGAAGGAGCCAUCACGUGGUGCGGGUCCACAAACUGGUUCCGGUCCGGUUUCAGGCUCAGAGGAGKCUUCAGGGUUUUUAUUUCUGAGGACUGUUAGAAACGCGGGCUGACUCCGGCUGUUCUCGUUUCCAGGCUCCAGUUCCCGCGACAUCACCAUCAUCCUCCUCAUCCUCAUCCUCAUCCUCAUCCUCAUCCUCAUCCUCAGCCCACAUCAGUGGAGCUGCUCGGUGAUGCUCAGUUCUGCUCAGCAGCAUCCACAGGAGGCGCGCUGAUCCGAGCCACGGGAGUCCAGCAGGAGGAGGACCGGAGCCUGCAGGCUUCCAGCGGACCGGGGCGGUAAAACCAGGCGCAGUACCACCCCAGUGGGGUUUUUUCUCUCCUUCUUUCCUGGGGGAGGUGCGCGCGUCGGGGUGGAGGGGGUUUGUUAAACCUCUACCUCCUGCAGCCCGAAGCCAUGGCUCGAUCAUCUGGAGCGCGUUGAGGCUCUGAGCGAUGCAGUCUCUUUUCGGCGGCGGGGAGCUGGGGCUGCUGGGAGGGGGCGGCGACGCCGGGGGCCUGAAGGAAGAUGGCUGCGGCAGCAUGGCGUGGAGGGCCUCGCCCCUUCCGGCUGACGACGUCUACUCAGCCUCGCACUUCGCCCUCAUCUCCGCCUACCAGGAAAUCAAAACACGGCUGGCGAGCCUGGAGCGGGAGAACACCAGCAUCAAGAGGAAGCUGAAGAUCUACGAGAUCAAGUUCCCAAUGAUCAGCGAGUUCGGUGAGGACACCAACUCCUACUGCUCCUUCGAGAGUAAAGACACGGCGCUGCUGCAGUCGGAAAACGGCAACCUGCACCAGAGAGUCAACGUCCUCACCCACGAGCUUCAGAAGAGAAAAGAGAGGGAGGAGCAGCUGGAGGAUGUGAUCCAGGCCUACGAGAAGAUUCACAUGGAGAAAAACAACCUCCAGAGGGAUCUGGAUAAGAUGACCAACCUGGUGGAGAAACACGUGGAYAGGACCCUGGGCCUGGAGUCGGCUCUGAGGCAGAGGGACGAGUCGCUGCAGAAGCUCAACAUGCAGCUGCACAGCAAAGACAUGCAGUACCUGCAGCUGCACGCCGGACCCGACAAACACAUGCUGGACUGUCCAGCCCUGACCCUGCAGAGCUCGCGCAGCCUGGACACCCUGUCCGACCUGAAACUGCAGCGGCUGGAGGCGGAGCUCGAAGGGGCGCGGCACGAAGCCCAGGGGGCGUGCCAGCGGGAGGAGGAGCUGAAGGCGGAGUGCGAGAGGCUGAAGGAUGAGAUGAUGCAGCUGCAGAACAACCAGCGGGAGCGGGAAAUGACUUCUCCGUGCAAGCAGUGCGAUGUGGAGUGGAUAAAGAAGGUGGGAGACGAGCAGGUGAAUUUGGCUCUGGCCUACACCGAGUUAACGGAGGAACUGGGACGCCUCCAAGUGCUGUGCUCCAAGCAGACGGAGAUCCUGAGGAAAGCCACGCAGGAGCCGGCGAGUCCAGUCCAGCUUCACUCGCCCAUCCACCACCAGCGCCACUCUCCGGUCUCCCAGCGCCACUCGCCCAUCUCACAGCGCCACUCCCCCGUGCCGCCGCCUCCGCAUCACUCCCCGAUCCAGCAGCGACGCUCUCCGGUCCUGCAGCGCCUCUCCCCCGACACGCACCGGCGCUCGCCCCUGCUGGACGUCGGCGACGGCCCCGCCUCUUACUCGUACCGGCCGCCCUCGCAGCACCUGAGGGCCAGCUUCCAGGGCCGCCGCAGCUACUCCGAGGUGGCGGACCCGUCGGCAUACCAGUGCCCGCCUCGCUUCUCUUUAGACCCGGUCUCUACACUGCCGAAGCCCCGGCCGUAUGUCGAAGGCUACCCGAAGCAGCAGCCCCAGCACUCCCCUCAUGGCGGCCUGCAGCACCGAGGGUCGCCGUCUCCUCUGAAGGGCGGGGCGGGAGGAGACAGCAGCCUGGGGGAGAGCAACCUGCGCCACUCCAGAGAGAUGCCUUUCCCCCUGUCGGAGGUGGCGCACCUUCAUUUCGAGCCGGCUCCCCCAUCCACGCCCGCCCCCCAGCCGCCGCAGUCCUCUGAGGACGAGGAGGAGUGGACCUGCCCUCACCCCAUCAGCCCGCCGAGGACGCUGGGCGUGCUCUCCCCGGGAGCCGGCGGAGUCAUGAGGGGCCCUGCGUCCUGCUCGGCCUUCCCCAUCCCUCAGAGGCCCAAUAACCUGACCUGCCACCCUCAGCAGGGCUACCCAUCAACAGAGCACGCUCAGUCCUGGCCUUCCAUCAACCUCUGGAUGGAGACGGAGGACAACGACAUGAGGAGCUGCCCUCUCUGCCAGCUGAUUUUCCCCGUCGGUUACCCUGACGAUGCCCUCAUCAAGCACAUCGACUCCCACCUGGAGAACAGCAAGAUAUGAUUGCCAUGGCAACGGGCCCCGCACACACACACGCACACACACACACACACACACACACACACA